AGCUAGGGGCGUGUGAUACCUCUUCGUGCUUUGUAAAUGGUUAACUAGCAUAUGGACAACAUAUCAUAAAACACGGCUUCAGAGACUAAAGUGAAGGUGUGAGAUUGAGAUGGAUUCUGGUACCGACCCCUCCGGACCCAUAGUGUCCAAAGGUUCUGUCAGAUCGCCACAGCCGACAGACAUCACAACCAAAGGUGAACAUUGCCUGUCCCCACAGAGGGAAAGCAAUAAGGGUAAAGGCAAAAGGUCCACCCUUCAGGAAGCAAGAAGAAAAGGAAGAAUGGACAGAAGCAAAGGAGAAGAAGAGCUAAGCAAUCAGCUGAAAAACAUGGAUUUGCACAGCCAGACUAAAGCUGCUGGAACAGGUCUCAUCUCCUCAGACAUUUUCACCCAGUACCACUGCCUUUGGGAUACAAGCCAUCCAGAAUGCCCGGAGAGAGUCACUACUGUGAUGGACAUGGCUGAAAAGCAGGGCCUGCUUGCCCGCUGUGUGCGGGUUGAUCCAAGAGUUGCCACUGAGGAGGAGCUGUUGCUUGUUCACACGAAAGAAUAUAUUGAGCUCAUGACGCGGACAGAGAAGAUGACGGAAGAGGAGCUGAAGUCUCUCGCUGACACCUACGACUCCAUCUACAUCCAUCCAAAUUCUUUGCAAUGUGCUACCUUAGCAGUGGGCGCUGUCCUGCAGCUCGUAGAUAAGGUGCUGACAUCAGAGCUCCAAAAUGGCUUCUCUAUUGCCAGGCCACCUGGUCAUCAUGCACAGGCUGGCCAAAUGAACGGCUACUGCAUGUUUAAUAACCUGGCAAUAGCAGCACGCUAUGCUCAGAAGCAUCAUGGGGUGAAAAGAGUCUUAAUUGUGGACUGGGAUGUGCAUCAUGGGCAAGGAAUCCAAUACAUUUUUCAAGAGGAUCCAAGUGUGCUGUACUUCUCCGUGCACCGGUAUGAGCAGGGAGCGUUCUGGCCUCACCUUAAGGACUCGGACAGCAGUGCGAUCGGCAGCGGUCCAGGAGAGGGCUACAACAUCAACCUGCCCUGGAAUCAGACGGGAAUGAAAGAUGGAGACUACCUGACGGCGUUCCACCAGCUUCUCCUUCCUGUGGCCUAUGAGUUCCAGCCAGAGUUGGUGUUGGUGGCAGCAGGUUUUGAUUCUGUGGUCGGUGACCCCAAGGGAGAGAUGUCCGCCAGUCCUCAGUGUUUUGCUGUUCUUACUCACUUGCUAAAAGGUUUAGCUCAGGGUAGACUGGUGCUUGCCCUUGAGGGAGGAUAUAAUUUGCAGUCGACAGCAAAGGGUGCCUGUGCCUGCUUGAAGUCGUUACUGGGGGAUUCCUGUCCCCGCCUCAGUACGCCUGUGGCUCCAUGUAAAAGUGCCCUGAAGUCCAUCUCCGAGACCAUCACUGCCCUUUAUCCAUACUGGACCUGCCUUCAGACAUUUGAGGGAGGCCCCCUACCACAGCAGGAUGAAUCAGACGAGGACCAGCCAGAAAGCCAGCUCACUGGUCUGGUGUAUGACCAGAGGAUGAUGGAGCACCACAACAUGUGGGAUGGUCAUCACCCAGAACAGCCAAUGAGGAUCGCUCGCAUUUUCUCACGCCAUGAGAACCUGGGACUGGUUAGCCGAUGCUACAGCAUACCUGCUCGCCUGGCCACAGAAAAAGAGCUGGCCCUGUGUCACAGUGAUGAGCACAUCCAGAAAAUCAAGGGCACAGAGGGCAUGAAGCCCCGAGACCUGCACCGUCUGGGAGGAGAGUACAACUCCAUCUACAUCAACAAUGAAAGCUACAAGUGUGCCCGACUGGCCGCAGGGGCCUGCUUCAACGCAGCACAGGCUGUUCUCACUGGACAGGUGAGAAACGCUGCGGCCAUUGUUCGGCCUCCUGGUCACCACGCCGAGGCGGACAAAGCGUGCGGCUUCUGCUUCUUCAACACGGCAGCACUUACCGCCCGCUACGCCCAGAGCCUCUCGCCCAGCCACAAGCCGCUGCGUGUGCUCAUCCUGGACUGGGACGUUCAUCACGGCAAUGGCACCCAGCAUAUCUUCGAGAAGGAUGACAGUGUGCUGUACAUCUCGCUACAUCGAUAUGAGGAUGGCACGUUCUUCCCUAACUCUGAGGAUGCCGACUAUGACAAAGUCGGGGAAGGCAAAGGUCGUGGCUUCAACGUCAACAUUCCCUGGAGUGGGGGGAAGAUGGGAGACUCCGAGUACCUGGCAGCCUUCCACCACAUUGUCAUGCCCAUCGCCAGAGAGUUUAGCCCAGACCUGGUGCUGGUGUCCGCAGGCUUCGAUGCUGCCCGGGGAGACCCUCUGGGAGGCUACCAGGUGACCCCGGAGGGCUACGCCCACUUCACCCAUCAGCUCAUGACCUUAGCAGCGGGAAGAGUGAUCAUCAUCCUAGAGGGUGGCUAUAAUCUGACCUCCAUCUCUGAGUCCAUGGCUAUGUGCACUAGCAUGCUACUGGGAGACCCUUCGCCACGGCUGCCGUCCCUGCCCCCUCCACAUCCCAACGCAGCCAUCAGCAUCAACAACGUCCUGCGUGCUCACGCCCCCUACUGGAGCUCUUUGAGAAUGCAAAUUCCCCAGUCCCUCCGGCUGGCUUUACCUUCUCCCAAAACCAGAGGGAAGCGGACGCCUGUCGGAAAAGACAAAAAGACCUCAAGGCAGUCGACUCCCGCCAAAAGCCCGGGUCAGGGGUUUUCACCAGAAGCAGCCUCCCCUGUGGCCUCUUCACAGGGCACUGGCCAUGAGGAGUCAGGCCUGGAGGACCUCACCAAGGGCCUGCUCUCCCUAGACCUGAACACAACUACCUCAGCCAAUAGCAGCCCGUCAUCUGUUCCUGUGGGAGGAGCUAGACGGAAGGUCAAGCCAAGUCCUCAAAAAGCAUCAGAAAUGAAGAAGGGUGCAUCACCCCACAACGUGACCUCAGACAACAUGCAGGAAGAGGAAGAGGAAAGCAAAGACAACCCACAGGGGGAUGCACAAAGCACAAAUGAGAUGCAGCCAGCUGCUGAAACUGGUACAGCGGCCACAGCAACAAGUGACCAAGACAGUGUGGAACUGGAGGGAGCUUGCGGCACAUCUAAUAAUAUUUUUAUCAUCUGUGGAGGCGAAGACAUGGAUUCAGGUGCAGUGCAGCCUCUGGCUUGGUGCCCCCAUUUGGAGGCUCUGAAGCCGGUCCCCACCACAGGCAUCAACAUCCAGCAGCCAUGCGACGAGUGUGGCUCAGAGGAAGAGAACUGGCUCUGUCUCCUCUGUUACAAGGUACUCUGUGGUCGCUUCGUUAAUGAGCACAUGGUGAUGCAUGGCGUGGUCUCUGGCCAUCCCCUGGUGCUGAGUUUCUCUGAUCUCUCUGUGUGGUGCUACCCAUGCGAGGCCUACAUCGACAAUAAGGCCCUGUAUGAAGCCAAGAACACAGUGCAUGUGGCGAAGUUUGGCCAGGACAUGCCCGUCCCUGCUGCCGAGAAGAUGGGAGACAGAGCCGGGCCGUGAGAAUGUGAGUGUGUGUGUGUGUGUGUGUGUGUGUGUGUGUGUGUGUGUGUGUGUGUGUGUGUGUGUGUGUGUGUGUGUGUGUGUGGAACACGCCCUCUGGUGGCCAGGAGAAGUACUGUUGUCCUGAAGCAAUAUCAGCUGUCACCAGACAGGCUGCGUCUAAAAAUGUGCAGCUUCUUAACGAGACUCAGAAGUGCCUCCAUCAUCUUCUGUCUUCUCCUUGAACCUCUCUGGUGCUCCUCACGUCAGUGUGUUGUCCAGGAAAGUAGAAUAAGCUGACCAUAGCUGUUUAUUUGAAUACAAUUUUUUUUUUAUACCGUUUUGAAUGAUCUUUUAUAACACAGGGUUAUUCUGUCCUUCCAUCUUUUAUUUCUUUCUCCUUUUUUGCUCAGUGCCAAAUUGACAAAUACUCCACUUGAGUGAUGCAAACUUACCAAAAGGACUUAGUGGGAGGUCUUUGUGUUCCUCAGACUACUUUUGCACUCCUCUGCAUGAUGUUUUCUAACUGUAUGCUUACUUUGCGUUCCGUUAGGAAUAGUGUGGGAGUGCAAAAUUAUUUUAGGACUGAACAAAUCCCACCCUGGCCUUUUCAUCAGCUUUGUGCUAAAACAUUGUGUGCUGCUUUAGCUUUUCGUUGGAUUCUACUUCAUAUAUUACUAAAGUAUAUCGUUGAUUUCUGCAGCAGAAUCAUGUGUAAUGUGCAAUAUUUUGUCAUCUUCCCUACUCCUCCCUCAUGUUUAUCCUUAUUUAAACAUUGCUUCUCAAUCCAACAGAAAUCAAAUAGAGAUUUUGCUAUCGGUUUUGAGACACAACAGAGCAAGUAAAGAUAUCAGUGUUGUAUUCAAGCAGCUGAUGUACCAUGACGUCAAGCCAAGGCACAUAGACUUACUGUAAUAUUACUGUAUGCCCGGAGACACACUCAUCUUCUAUAGGGAUGGGUGCUGCAGUUAGAUAGCACUUCAUGAAUGAUGGUGUUUUUUAAUCUUGGCUAAUCACACACUGCAGUCAAAGAGUUUUUAGAUUUGUUUGUCUGGUUAUCAGCUCAGCUGCAACUUUUUUUUUUUCUGAAGUGAGAAUAUCAUAUCGCAAAACAUGUUUCUCUUUGUGAUAAUCACUUUUGUGUCAUAGCCAACUGAACACACACAAUGAAAUACGCAUGGUGCCAUAAGGGGGUAGUUCACAUCACCAGCGGUGCUCAAGUCACUUUUGGAUAGUGAUUUCCCGGCAAGUUGCAUGCUCUGUAGAAAGCACAUGGGACACAACAGUUGGACAUUUGGACAGUUGGACAAAAUGAAGGAAUUCCCACAUUACUGCAGUUGAUCUCUCCAUGCUCUCGAAUGUUAAACUGCUGCAACUACCUCGCAAAUGCUUCGCAAAAUAUUGAUAUUGUCCUUAUGUGUGACACAAACACAUACUGUACAUGCCACAUAUGAUAGUGACAGAUGAAGAGAGACAUUAAAAUGGAGGGUAUACCAUUUUUUAACCAAACUGUUUUGGCCAGGACCACUGUGAAAUAUUUCAGGCUUAAUAAAUUGAAUGAGUGAAAGUCAGAACUAGAAAGGAAGGUUUAAUAUAGAACUAGGAGCAAAGCUUUAGGAACAAUACCGACUCAAAUAUUCUUACACUGACUGUAACAUUAAUUAGACAAGGUAGGUCACAUUAAGUGUAUUGGGAGUGCCUGUGCUCAUACUAUUGUGAUGAUCCUUUCACAAAGCUGCAUAAUACAGCAUAAUUUCCUGAAUAAUGAUGGGAAAAUCACAGGUGUAUUUGGAUAAUUAGAUUUCAUGUUCAGGGCUGGGAGUCAUGAAGCGUUCUGGGUACAACAUCAUAAUAACUAUAACAGUUUAUAUAAGUUGAGACACAACCAACAGGGUUACUCUCCCUGCAGUUCAGGUUUUGAAAACUCCUUUGACCUCUCAACAGGACUGAAGUCAUGGAAACAGAAUCUGUUUUUCCUCUGCUAAUGAUGUGGAGAUCAGUGAAUGCAACCACUUAGUGUUCAUCAUUAUGGCGUUGAUAAUGCCACUUCAGUUGGAUUUGGUUAGCAUCUAGGAGCCCGACGCGAUCAACUAUUCAACUUACUUGGGUUUACAAGUAAUACAGAAAAUGUAUUCUACAUUAAAGACACACCAAGCCUUUUCAGUAUAAUUAAUAUAAUUUUUUUAUAUAACUUAAUUUUUUUUUUUUCCAUGAAGCAUGUCAAGGUUAGCAGCAAUAGUAAGAAUGUCUAUGCAGAGCAUGGAAAUAUCAAUAUUUAAGAAUGUGGAUCAGAUUUAUCAUGAUAUGAGGGUGUUAUGGAAGUUCAAAUCCUCUUUAACAACACAGUGCAAUACUAUUAUAUAUUUUUGACAUUAGUACCUAAAGACAGUUUGAAGUUGAAUUGUUGAUUUUGUAUUUAUCUUUUAUCAUCUCUCUGCACCUGACGCACAUGUUCAAUGCCAAUGUAUCUCUUCUCAUCUGUAGCAAGUAAUUCCUGUAACUUAUUGUUUAUUCUCUGUAAACAUUCUCAUUAAAUACAUCAAUUGUUGUGA